CUGAUAAGAUGUCAUCAGUCUCGAGGAGGAGCUUGUGGUGACAGUGCCCAGUCUUACGCAGCUACAGUCAUCAACGCUGCAAAAACUUUGAAAACAGGUCUAACCAUGGUGGGUAAAGUUGUUACUCAGCUGGCGGGCACCCUACCUGCAGGCACUCCUGACGAGGAGGGAACACCUCACUGYGUGAGUCGCCGCAGCCCCCACAACCCUGGAGUGGUCACCAUCAUUGACACCAAYAGUGUCGGUGAAGGACAGGUCUUGGUGAGCGAGGACUCAGAUGGAGAGGGAGUGGUGGCUCACUUCCCAGCUCACGACAAACCCAUAUCCUGCAUGCAGUUCAACCCCAGUGGAAUGCUGCUGGUGACUGCCGACACUCUGGGCCAUGAUUUUCACGUCUUCCAAAUCCUCACUCACCCCUGGUCGUCCUCACAGAGUGCUGUUCAUCAUCUUUAUACCCUGCAUCGUGGAGAGACCGAGGCCAAGGUUCAAGACAUGUGUUUCAGCCAGGACAGCCGCUGGGUAGCUAUCAGCACCCUCCGGGGCACCACCCAUGUUUUUCCCAUCAACCCGUAUGGUGGUACACCCUGCGCCCGUACCCACAUGUCACAGCGGGUGGUAAACCGGAUGUCCCGUUUCCAAAAGAGCGCUGGCCUGGAGGAUAUUGAGCAGGAGCUCAACAAGGCGGCUGGACUUGGAGGAGGAGCGGGAGGAGGCAUAGGAGGGAGCAGCUGCAUUCUGGGUGGAGGAGGAGGUGUGGGGGGCCGCUGUAGUCCCAUACCUGGAUUGUCCAGCAGCCCCUCUGGAUCCCCGCUGCAUGGGAGGGCUUAGCCCUACUCGCCCACUUAUACCAGCCGUCACUGCAUGUGCCCCUGGUUGGGAGUCACUGUCCUACAUCAAGCAUCCUUACGGCUCUCAGCCUGCUUCCUGUACAGACUUCCCCCUCACCUUCUCCCUCCGUACCUGCCCAGGCUGUGGCUGCAGCUGCCCUGGUGCCGGCCUCWGUCGGACCACGGAGGAGCAGGAAGAGGAAAUGAAGGACGGGUUUGUUGCGUGAAGGUCACCCAGGAUCGUGGCUCUGCAGAGGUCCAGGAGACGAGCCGGGGAGGAUGAGGAGGACAGAGCGGAGCUUUGGCAGGACUAAUGAAACUCAGCGCUCCAUGUUAAUGAUCUAAAAGACUGCAGCAAAACACUCAGCGCUCCCUUUGCGCUCACGUUCCACCCCCUCUUCAUCGCUCCUUCCAAAUAAUGACGAGGCACUCGGCCGCUCUGCCUCCAUUGUGCGUUUUGAUGUGGGCCUUGUCGUCCCCCUCCACGCUUUUCAGUCCUUUCUGCUCCACGCCUGUCACUCAUCUGUUAGGCCAACAAAUGGAAGAAGGAAAACAUUCAGACAGAGGAUUGUGCUGCACCCUCUGCUUUGUUAUUUAUGUCUUUUCAAAGCACUUGAACUUGGAAUUUUCUUGGGGCUGCCAGCAGCAGGGAGGCUUUUUUUUUUUUUUUUGUCUGAGCUGUUGUUCCAGGAUUACAAACAUUCUUGUUUUCUAAUCCUCAUGUCCAUACAGCUGGAGUUUAGUGUCUUUUCUCUGUGGGUUUUAUGUUGCCUUACAUUUACAAUAACUGACACAAGGUUUGUUGUUAAACCUUUGUGGCUUAAAGUCAUUCAGGGGUUUUAAU